AUGCAUGAUAUUUGCAAUUACGACACAUACUUCGUUCAGAAGUAUGAUGCUAUUGGGGUUUUGGGUCUUCUUCAAGAGCAAAAACUUACAGCUGCUUUAGGAAUGCUUGCGUAUGGGGCAUCUAUAGAGCAAGUGAAUGAGAUUGCGUGGAUGAGAAAAUCCACUAUCCUAGAGUGCUUAGUCGGAUUUUGUGAUGCAAUAGAAAAUCUCUACAAGAGGGAGUACCUCCGCAAACCUACGACUAGGGACCUCCGAAGGCUUGUACAAAAAGUCAAGGCUCAAGGUUUCCUAUGCAUGAUUGGAAACAUUGAUUGCAUGCACUGGCAGUGGAAGAAUUGCCCAACUGCUUGGAGAGCUACUCGGAUGCUUGAUGAGGAGGUGCUGGAGAGCAUUAUGAUGACUGGCUUUAUCCUCCAUAACAUUAUUGUGGAGGAUGAGUAUGAUUAUGAUGCUCCAGAAGUGUUUGAUUAUGAUGCUCCAGAAGUGUUCGAACCCGAUCCCAUGAACACAACAUUGACUAGAAUUUAUAAAAGGCGGAUGGGAGCAAAUGGAUAA